AUACUCUCUUCCCCUCAAGAACUGCACCACCACGCGACGCCAUUGAUUGAGCAGGGAGGAGAGGCACAAGGGGAGGAGAAAAGAGGAAGGGGAUCCGCGGUGGCUGCGCUCGCCGGCGGGGAAGAGGGGACGCGGGCGGCGAGCCUCCAGUCUUCACCUCCGUGCUCUCCGGGCUCUUCGGACAGGGCGAGGACGAGGAAGAGAUGGCCACGCGCGACCGCAACGCCGCCGCCGCCGCCGCCGCUCCGCAGCUCAACCGAGGUGGUGUUCCCGCUCUGGGAAAGCAGAAGGCCGUCGCGGCCGGCCGAGCUGACGCCAUGAACCGGCGAGCCCCCCUGGGCGACAUCGGCAACUUCGUCGCCGUCCGCGCGACCGAAGGGAAGCCGCAGGAGCAGGUCAGCCGCCCCGUCACGAGAAGCUUCGGUGCUCAACUUGUCAAGAGCGCGCAGGCGAAUGCCGCCGCAAUCAAGCAGAAUGCGGCCAUCCCACCUGCGAGGCCUGCGCCGAGGCUGGAGAGGAAGGCUCCUUUCAAGCCUCCUCCUCCUGAGCAUGUAAUAGAGAUCAGCUCCGACUCUGACCAGAGCAACACGCAGCCCGAGAGAAGCGACAGCUCCGUCCGCUCGAGGAAGAAGGUCAUCAACACCCUCACUUCUGUUCUCUCGGCUCGCUCAAAGGUUGCCUGUGGAAUCACUGACAAGCCUCGAGAAGUGAUUGAAGACAUCGACAAGUUGGACGCCAAUAAUGAGCUCGCGGUCGUGGAAUAUGUUGAGGACAUCUACACCUUCUACAGGACUGCACAGCAUGAGAGCCGGCCAUGUGACUACAUUGAAGCUCAGGUGGAGAUCAACUCAAAGAUGAGGGCUAUCCUGGCCGAUUGGAUAAUUGAAGUACACCACAAGUUUGAACUGAUGCCCGAAACUCUCUACUUGACGAUGUACAUCAUCGACCAAUAUCUCUCGCUGCAACCAGUCCGGCGAAGGGAACUGCAGCUUGUGGGUGUUUCAGCCAUGCUGAUCGCUUGCAAAUACGAGGAGAUUUGGGCCCCCGAGGUCAACGAUUUCAUCCUAAUAUCAGAUAGUGCAUACAGUAGGGAGCAGAUUCUUUCAAUGGAGAAGGGAAUACUAAAUAGGCUUGAGUGGAACUUAACUAUUCCUACAUCAUACAUGUUCCUCGUUCGCUUUCUCAAGGCGGCGUCUUCGGGUAUCAAAACUGACAAAGAGAUGGAGAACAUGGUCUUCUUUUUCGCGGAGUUAUCACUGAUGCAAUACGGCUUGGUGACGUACCUGCCUUCGAUGGUUGCUGCCUCUGCUGUCUAUGCGGCAAGGCUCACUCUCAAGAGGGCUCCACUUUGGACUGACACUCUCAAGCAUCACACAGGCUUCAGAGAGUCAGAGCUAAUGGAAUGCACAAAAAUGCUCGUGAGCGCACAUUUGACCGCACCGGAGAGCAAGUUAAGGGUCGUCUACAAGAAGUAUUCCAGCGAGCAGUAUGGAGGGGUCGCACUGCGUCCACCGGCAGAGGAGAUCUGCAAAUAAACAAAGAUAAAUCCGUCCUGAUAGUUGUGCUUGCUUUUGUUUUCGAGAGUGUAAUGAAAGGCAAGUCUGACAUUCGCUAGGUUUUAUGCUUGUUUGCAGUAAGAAAAAUUGAACACUUGAGACAGUCGUUUGUUUGCUGGGCUGUUCUCAGGGAGGAGUCAGGAAUGUUAUCUGACUUGUAUUGGCAUUUAAGAUUUGGGAUGUUCUGCUACUACUAUCUUAUAUAUACACCUUGGUGUAUAUUCUAGUCUGUCAGAAUUUAUCAGUAACAAGUUAUUCAUAAAUAUGAAUGAUGAAUUAGAAUGUUCGCUGAUUGGAAA